UUUAUUUAUUAUAGUGAGCUUCACGCGAAAUGCUCAGCUCUUCGCUUAAGCUACCCGAACGACUGUGUUUCUGAAACCAUAAAAAAUUAUCUGUGAAUAGUCAGGCGGGUCUUCUUGGGAAUAACCCGGGUCCCCUCGCGGAUGUCGACCGGCAAAACAAUAUUUAUUUACCGCCUAUAAGAGCAAAACUACCGCGCACCGCAUCCCCAGAUGGAGUGCGGGGAGCUAAGCGGCUAUACGCUGGCAGAAACACAGGACACCGAGACCAGUGGUCGGCCUCGGAGAACCUCACGGAAAUAUGCCAUAAAGUGCGCUUUGUUUUUCUUUUGGAAAUGAAUCUUGAUGAGGUUGGCUUAUUUCAGUGCUCUGUUACAUGCCGUCCUUAGGGAAAUCGUGUUGGAUGUCGGGGAAGUCUCUCUCUCCACUGUUCAACUAAUCCUCAUUAUUCGAGUGCAGACCAAAAUAGGAAAUCAGAGGUGGGGUCAUUUUCAACAUCCUUUCAUUUUGUACAUUGUUCACAUUCAUUGAGUCUUUUGGGGAAAAAAACAAUAUAGUUACAACUUAACCUCAAAAAACUUCCUUCGCACACCAAAAGAAGUAGGAAAUUAUUUUGGUGUUUUAAUACUUUCUUUUUAAAUACCCCUACCAUAGGUACUUCCUAACAUCCGUGUAUAUCAUCGAUGCCACGGGGCAGUACUGAGAGGCCAACAGAACUCUAUACCGGCGUUGACACGAAAAGCAAUGCCAGUUGCAGGAUAAAGUCCCAGUAAACACAUUAUCCCCGGUUUGAAAAUAUAUUACUCCAGACCGGGUGCUACAUUAAUAGAACACAGAUAUGCGUUUAAUGUGGCAUGACAUAAAUUGUUCUGAUUUUUUUUUUUUUUGAAUGACAGAAUAUGCUUAGCACGGUUUAUUGCUGAACAGUAUUACGAAAUUGUUUGAUAUCAGGCUUAUUUAUAUAUAGGAAAAGAACAAAACUACGGUUUAAAGAAAAUCAAACGCAAGUUUGUGUGAACUUUUGAUGAUUCAUCUGUGCUUUGUUGCGGGGUUGAUGCGUUGUGACGAAUUUUGACGAUCACGCAGGAUGAUCGAAGUGGUGGCCUCCAUGUCCCGAGGCCCGGUCUUCCUGGCCGGGGAGCUCUUGGAGUGCCUUAUCACCUUCACCAAUCCUAUGUCCCAUCUGUCCACCUCAGCUAGCAGUGAGAUGCUGGCCUGGGCCAGUGCUCAGAUCCAUUGCCAGUUUCAUGCCAGUGAGAGCAGGGUGGCGCUGCCAGCCCAAGGCAACAAGGACGUUCAGGCCGAAAGCGACACUGUGCUGAUCCCUAGCAGGGGCGAGCGUGGGCAGUGCAUGUUAGACACCCCCCCAAAGAUCCUAUUCUGUGACCUGCGGCUCGACCCGGGAGAGAGCAAAACCUACUCGUACAGUGAGGUGGUGCCGACUGACGGCCCCCCCAGCUUCCGCGGCCAGGCGGUGAAGUACGUCUACAAGCUGACCAUCGGCUGCCAGCGUGUCAACUCCCCCAUCAAGCUGCUCCGGGUGCCCUUCAGGGUGCUCGUCCUGCAGGCAGGCAUGCCUGAGCCUCCCUCCCCCCAGGACGAGGAGGUGGCCCCCUCAAACCCCUUCCUGGAUGACGAAGAGACGGGUAGAAGAGACACCAGGCCUCUGGAGAAGGCCCUGGACAUGCUGAUGGUCACUACCUCACGCCGCUGUCCACACCUUUUCAAUAUCACUAACAUGAGGGGCAAGGUGGCAAAGUUCUGCAUCUUCAAGACUGUGUACAGGUUAGGGGAGGACAUCAUCGGGACGUUUAACUUCUCCGAGGGAGAUAUUCCCUGUCUGCAGUACACAGUCAGCCUACAGAGCGAGGAGGACGUCCAACCCCAGUACCAGCGCCGGCCCAACCAGUCGGCCAGCGUCACCAGCCACGGGCGCCACCUCGAGUCAUGUUUGCACACGGCCUCCAGCCACUUUUCCCUGCCCAUCCCUCUCAACGUCACUCCAGGCUUCAGCACAGACAUCGUGAGCCUGAGGUGGCGGCUGCAUUUUGAGUUCGUGACGGCCCGGGAGCCAAUGGAGCCGCCCACUGUGCUGCAGAACCAAUCAGAGGUCACAGUGUGGACGGGGGCGGGCCUGGUGGACGUGGACACCUUCAGCUGGGAUUUGCCCAUCAAAGUUCUGCCCACCAAUCCUACUCUGGUAUCUUAUGUCUCCCAGUUCUCUGGGACCAAUAGCAUUAAUAUUUAAAUGGACUGAAAGAAGUUUAUUUUGACUAUUGUAUGUUUUGCAGUGCAGUUCAUUUCUCCAUCUCUAAGAUGUAUCUUAGAACAUAUCUUAUGUCCAGUUGGAUUAACACCGUUUGGAGACGACCUGAGGCUACAAACUGGUGUAACUGAACUAGGUCAGGUUACUUCUACUCAGUGCAACAGUGACUAAGUAUUAUGCACGUAACUAUGGAAACUCAGUUUCUGCUGAAUUAUUGUCUGUCUAAAUGUUUAUGUAAACUGUCAUUUAUUAAAAAGUAUUAUAUUUAAA